AUGUCGAACAAAUUAACUAUUGACGAUUUAAUUGUAGAUGAGCAUAUAGAAACAAUAGAUACUAAAAAACCACUUAUUAUUAAUAACAGACAAGAAAUCAAUAAGUUUAUAGCUAACAAAGAGUCUAUAACAGGCUUUAGACAAACCAAACCAAAUUUUUAUAAUAUUGUUCCGAAGACAAAACUGGAAUCAACAUUAUCUGCAAUUUUAAACAAAAGGUCUGAAUCUGUUGAUGAAAAAAAUAAAAGACUAACUUUUCAACACAACUACGAUGCAAAAAUGAGAAAAAUUAAGCGUAUUAAAAGUAAAUCAUACAGAAAGGUAAAAAGAUUGGCUAGAAAAGAUGUAGAUUGCGAAGAACAAGAAAUUAAUAUCACUGAAAAUCCUGAAAUUGAAGAAGAAGAAGAGGAAGUUUACAAUGAUGAUAUUGUAGAUAAUGCUCCUAUUUUUAAUUUUACAGAUUCUAUAAAAAAUAAAGAACAGCAUGAAAUUGUUAAAUUGGCUUUUAAAAACGAUAUGGAAGAAAAUGAAGAAGAUUUUAUUAAAGAGAAGGAAGAAAUUGUUAACGAAAAUACGCCUAAAAUUGUUGAAAGGAUUUUACCUGGAUGGGGUGAUUGGGCAGGACCAGGAUUAGAAAUUAUAAAAACAAAAUAUAAUACAUUUACAGAAAAUAAAGAAGGAAUAGAUUAUAAACAAAGAAAAGAUUUUGGCUCUAGUCAUGUAAUUGUUAAUGAAGGAAUUACUGAAAUUGAUGAUAAAUAUAAAACUUCUAUUCUUUUUGGAUAUUCUAAGGAAGAUUACAUUUUAAAGUUAAAUACAUCUGUAUCUAAAGAAUGUAAUACUAAUAGGAUGUACAAAAAGAUCUUAAAUAAAAUUGUACAAACUAAGCCGGGUAAAGAUAUCGAACCUUUUAGAUAUGAACCCGAAUCUUUUUAA